UUUUUUUUUCUGCGUCGAAUCUCUAUCAUCGACCAGUCUAGGCUUUCUUCUUUUAAGGCCUUGUAGAUUGAAUCCUGUCUUCUCUCACCGAUGGGUGCCUAUAAAUAUCUUGAGGAGCUAUGGAGGAAAAAACAGUCCGAUGUGAUGCGAUUUUUGUUCCGAAUUCGUGCCUGGGAGUAUCGCCAGCUCCCAACGAUUUAUCGGUGCCCUCGCCCUACUCGACCCGAUAAGGCUCGAAAAUUGGGAUACAAGGCCAAGCAGGGAUAUGUCAUAUACAGGAUUCGCGUCCGCCGCGGUGGCCGCAAAAAACCAGUCAGACACAACAUCGUUUGCGGUAAGCCGUCCACGCACGGUAUCUACAAAUUGAAAAAUCAACGCUCUCUUCGCGUUAUUGGCGAGUGCCGAGUGGGACGCGUCUGCACCAACUUACGCGUUUUGAACUCGUAUUGGAUCAACCAAGAUUCCGUAUAUAAGUAUUACGAGGUCAUUUUGGUCGAUCCCAACCACUCCGCUAUUAGGAACGAUCCCCGCAUUAAUUGGAUCUGUCGAAGCGUGCACAAAAGACGAGAAUGCCGCGGCCUCACCGCAGCCGGGCGCAAGUCGCGCGGGCUAAUCGGCAAAGGAAAACGAUACUCGAAGAGCAGACCAAGCAAGCGCGCCUCUUGGCUCAGACGCAACACGCUAUCCUUGCUUCGAUACCGUUAAAUUGUUUAAAAAUGCUAAAAAAAUAUAUCCUCCCAUACAUGCCCCAGUUUUUCGCCAUAUCGCGAACACA